AUGGCGCCCGACUCCGGGGGCACGAUCUCGGUGGUCUCCGAGGUCUCGGACGUCGACACCGAGGACGCGCUGUGCGAGAAGUGCGGCCUCGGGGACGACCCGGCGAACUUCCUCCUGUGCGACGACUGCCCGCGCGGAUGGCAUCUGUACUGCCUCACGCCCAAGCUGCGGCGAACGCCUUCUGGAAGAUGGUCGUGUCCGACGUGCAAGGACGCGAAGCCGCGGUCGCGGCGCGCGAGGCCGGCGCGCGGGGCGAUGGCGGAGGACGACGACGACGCGCCGAUCGCGCGCAAGCGAGGCCGCGGGGGCGACUCGUCGUCGCCGUCGUCGUCGUCCGACGCGCGAGGGAAAAAAUCGCGACGAGGCGGUGUCGAAUCGACCCGACGAAGCGGACGCGCGGUCGAGCCCGCGUCGUACGUCGACGCGGACAGCGACGACGACGACGACGCCUUCAUGAUCGUCCCCGCCGAGGAGAAGAAGAAGGAGAAGAAGAAGAAGAAGGAGAAGAAGAAGAAGAAGAAGAAGAAGAAGAAGAAGAAGAAGACGCGCGGCGGCGACCGAGAUCUAGUUCGCGACGCGGCGGGGAAGAACGAGUUCAAGGUGAAGAUCGUGACGCUGCCCGGGCUCGAGCCGCGCCCGAAAGCGGAGGGAGACGACGCGCCGGCGCCGAUGGGGAGGAGGACGUCGAAGAGGGCGGCGGCGAGGACGUCCGAGUUCAUCGACGACGACGGCGACGACGACGACGGCGCGGGCGCGAGCUCGGAGGAGGAGGAGGCCGACGGCUCCGACUUUGACUCCGACGCCGACGCCGACGCGUCGACCGAGUCCGGGAGCGACUCGGAAGGAAGCUCCGAGGAAGAGGACGAGAAGGACCACACGAAAUGCGAAGCGUGCGGCGAGGACGACGACGACGCGCGCAUGCUCGUGUGCGACGGCUGCGACCUCGGCUACCACACCUACUGCCUUCGACCGAAACUUACCGCGAUUCCGAAAGGGAAGUGGUUUUGUCCCGGGUGCGUCGAGAGAACGGAAGCCGCGGCGGCGUUAGAGGCGGCGACGGCCGCGGAGCGGCGCGCGCGCGCGGACGCCGCGGCGACGAUUCUCGCGGGAAGGAAAGUAGAGCGCGUGCUCGCGUCGCGGAAGCGCGUCGCCGCGGGCGUCGGCGUCGGCGCCGCCGCCGAGCUCGCGUCGGCGCUGGAAACCCUCGAAGCCGCGGGCACGAAAGCCGCGUCGCGCGUCGAGGCGUUCGUGAAGUUCGAGUCCACGUCCUACCGUCGCGCGGAGUGGAUGCCGCUGUGCGUGUUACAGGAAGCCGCGCCGACGAAAGUCAGGGCGCACUGGACGCGGACGAAAAAAUCCGUCGCGUCCCCGGACGCGCCGCCGGAUGAUAGGACGUAUAAGCUCGCGUGGACCAUCCCGGAGCGCGUCGUCGCCGUGGACGACGACGCCGGGGAGAUGCUCGUGAAGUGGCACGGGUUAGGGUACGACGAGUGCACGUGGGAGCCGCUCGCGGACGCGAGCGAGGACGCGGUGCGCGCGAAGAAGAUGAAGGAGCGCGCGAGGGCGCAGCGGCGGCUCGGCGGCGCGGGCGGCGGCGGCGGCGGCGGCGACGACGACGAGAUGGUCGUCUCGUCGCAGCAGACGACGACGAUGGACCUCUCGCAGGGCAGCGCGAAGAAACUCUCGUCGCUCGCGGCAUCGCCGAACCUGGGCGUCGCGGAGGAGCUCGCGUUCGAGCUCGCGGCGUUCCGAGCGCGCGCGGCGCGAGAGGACCCGCCGAAGAAGCCGCGGCGCGAGGCCGGCGAACCAGGCGCGCCCGUCGUCUUCGACGAAAAAAUCGACGCGCUGCUCCCUCGCGCCGCGGGCGUCGGCGUCGGCGCGGACGCGGCGAAGCUCUCGGAGAAGGCGGCGCUCGCGAACGCGGCGACCGGGGACGCGACCGGUCCGGUCCCGACGGGUCUGACCCUCCACAGGUACCAGCGCGAGGGCGUGCAGUGGAUGCUCUCCAAGCUCAAGCUCGGGCAGAGCGCGAUUCUCGGCGAUCAGAUGGGCUUGGGGAAGACGAUCCAGACGGCGUCGUUCAUCGACGCCGCGCGCGCGCUCGGGCUCACGCGCGGGAAGCCGGUGCUCGUGGUCGUGCCGCUCGUCACCGUACCGAACUGGGCCGCGGAGCUGCGUCUGUGGUGCCCGACGUUGAACGCGGUUACGUACGUGGGGAAUCAGACGUCGAGGGCGGCGCAACGCGAACGCGAGUUUCCGAGGGAUAAGCUCGGGCGCGAGCGCGCGCCUAACGGCUCGCACGUGGACGUUUUGCUCACGUCGUACGACCUCGCGCUGGCGGACAGCGGGAUUCUGAGGAAGAUGGAGUGGGGCGGCGUCGUCGUGGACGAAGGCCACCGGCUGAAAAACCACAACUCGAAGCUCUCCGAGGCGCUCGAAGGGAUGAAGACGAAUUUCCGCUGUCUGCUCACGGGGACGCCGCUGCAGAACAACUUAGAGGAGUUGUUCGCGCUGUUGCAUUACUUAGACCCGAAGGAGUUCAAAGACCCGACGACGCUCGCGGAGGCGUUCCAAGACAAAGCGAAGGAGCUCGUGAGGAGGAAGAAGAAAGCGCAGAAGAAGAAGAGGAGGAGAAGGAGGGGCGGCGUCGUCGCCGAAUCGGACGAAGCAGGCGGCGGCGACGGCGACGGCGGCGAGAGCGAUCUGUGCCCGGACGACGACGACUCCGACGCCGACUCCUCCGACUCCGACGACGCGCUCACGGAAGAGGAAGCGCAGGCUGCCGCGGACGCGCAGCUCAAACACCUGCACGACCUUCUCGGGAACCACAUGCUCCGUCGGCUGAAACGCGACGUCCUGAAGGGUCUGCCGAAGAAAAGGAAAGUCGAGGUCUCGUGCCAGCUGUCACCGUUCCAGAGGGAGGUGUACUCGGACAUCCUCGCGAGGAACCACGCGGCGUUCAACCAGGGCACGCACGUGACGCAGCGCACGAACUUGAUGAACAUCCUCAAGGAGCUGCAGAAGGUGUGCAACCACCCGUUUCUCUUCCCGGCGGCGGAAAAAGACGCGUUCAAGGCGGCUCGCAAGUCGGGGUUGUCGAAGAAGAUCGCCGCCGCGGCGUCCUCGAAGCUGAAAAACGCCCAGGCGAGGGCGGAAUCCAACGCGCCGCCGGACCCGGACGCGCCGCCACCGGAGCCGUCGCCCCUGGAGGCGCACUUGCUCCGAACGUCCAGCGGAAAGAUGCAGCUCCUCGCGAAGCUUCUUCCAGAGUUGAAACGCCGCGGCCAUCGAGUGUUGCUCUUCUGCCAGAUGACGCGCAUGCUCGACGUCAUCGAGGACUGGCUCAGGGCGUCCGGCGUGGGAUUCUCGACCGUCGCGGCUGCUAGCGCGACGGACGACGCGCUCCUCGGGGCCCGCCCGGGCGCGGACUCGGACAGCGACGACGACGAGGCGCGACCGACGGGGGUCGUCCGCGCGUACGGACGCAUUUGCGGGAGGACGAUGGGCGCGGAGCGACAGAGAGUCAUCGACGGCUUCAACGCGGAGGGCAGCCAUCAGUUCUUGAUGCUCGUGUCCACGCGCGCGGGCGGGUUGGGGUUGAACCUCGCGACCGCGGACACGAUCGUGUUGUACGACCCCGAGUUUAACCCGUUCAUCGAGCAGCAGGCGCAGUCGAGGGCGCAUCGGAUGGGUCAAAAGCGCGAGGUGGCGGUGUAUCAGCUCGUCACGGCCGGCAGCGUCGAGGAGCGGAUCGUCCAGAAAGCGAAGGCGAAGCUCGCGAUCGAGCGACUUGUCGUCGCGGAGGGCGAGGAAGACGUCGGCGGCGGCGGAGGCGGAGGCGGAGGCGGCGACGGCGCGGGAGAGACGAAACGCGCGGACGGCACGAAGAAGAAACAAACCGCGAAGGAAAAAGCCGCGGAGUUUUACGAGGUUCUCCUCCACGGCGCGAAGGACGUGAUGUGCUCCGCCGCGAUCGGCGGCGACGACGAGAACGCGAAGAAUGGCAAGCUCACGACCGCGGCGGCGGAGCCCACGGACGCAGAGAUCGAGCGGCUGCUCGACCGCGCGUCGUUGCCCGAGGAAAUCGACGGCGAAGACGGCGGCGGCUACCUCGGAAACGUCGGGAACCACGUCAUCGCCGUCGGCGGCGACGAGAAGGACGGCGACGCCAACGCGGAGGGCGGCGACGAGAAGAAGAGAGCGCCGGGCCCGGGCGGGGACGAGAUGGACCUCGGGGACGAGCUCACCGCGGACAUGCAGCUCGAGAUGCUUCUCUCCGAGCGCGCCGCGCGACUCGACAACGCGGCGGCGCAGGAGUUUGGCCGCGGGAAGCGCGAGCGACGAAAGGCUGUGAACACGAACGUCGUGGACUGGGGCGGGAUCUCGAACGGGAUGCACGGCGGCGCGAGCGGCGCCGUCUUAGCGCACAGCAGCGCGUGCCACGUCUGCGGCGGCGACGACACGGACGAAGCCGAGGGGGAAAUUUUACUUCGAUGCGUCGAGUGCACCGCGAGCGCGCACGCGUCGUGCGUCGGCCUCGACGCCGCGCCGGACGGCGGCGAGUGGAGAUGUGGGAAGGCCAUGUCGGGCGUCUGCGUGCGCAUCGGGAAGCCGCUGGUCGUCGCCGGGGCUAUGAGCAACGCGUACGACGUCGGGGCUAUGAACAACGAGGACGACGACGACGACAUCGCGGAACACCCUUCGGACGACGAUUACGACGAGAAGAACAAGAGCGACUCGGAGAGCGAGAGCGAGGACGACGACGACGAUUUCGUGAAGGAGCCUAGGAAGACGCCCGCCUCCGCCGGCGACGCCGACGCGCCCGCGCGACGGGGAGGACCGAAGGGCUCGAAGAACAAGAUCGCGGAGACGGCUCCGACGUGGGAUCCGCGCGCGGAGUGGGCGCGCGAGCUGCAGCAGCAGCAACAGCAGCACCUCGCGCAUCAGCACCACCUUCAUCAGCAGCAGAUCGCGGCGCAUCAACAGCAACUCCAGGCGACGUAUUACCACUACACGCAACAGCAAGCGAUGACGGGCGCGCACGCGUUGCCGUAUCAGCAGUACGUGUACGUGUAUCAGAAGCAGUACCCACCGCCGGUGGCGCCGCCGCCGCCGCAGAUGAUGUACCCGCACGCGAUGCAUCCGCAUCCGCAACCGAAUAUGAACAUGAUGAUGCACCCGGGGAAGGUUCCGAUCCCUGCGCGCGGCCUGCCUGUACACGUGCCUCCCCAGCCGGCGAGUGGCUUUCGGAAGACGCCGAUGCCGAUGAUGAAGAAACGCCGUGAUGAAAGGGCCGACGCGGAGCGCAGAGCGCAUCAAGAGGCGGUGGCCGACGCGGAGCGCAGAGCGACGCUCGCUGGGAGAGGCGAGCUGGGCGAGCUCGCCGCGGACGACGUCUCGCCGAUCACGUUCACGUGGGCGAUCGACAAGGCGAGAGUGAUUUCGCUCAAAGGAGACCACGACGAGAAGACGGCGAGAGUGAUUCCAGACCACGGCGGCGGCGGCGGCGUUCGCCUCGCCGCGUUCCCGAGGUACAUGUACCACGUCUUGCGCGCGUUCGUGCUCGAUUACGAGCCGGACGAGUCGCGCGCGCGGCUCAGAGCCGCGGUCAAGACGCAGGCGGACACGGCGCGAAACUUCGAGGUGAUGCAUGAGAAGGCGCGAGCGGAGAUUCCAUCCUUCGAGGACGCGCUCGAGCGCGCGACGGCGCUCAGGAACGCGCGCGGAAGCGCGGAGGUCAUCGACGUCGCCGCGCUGAACGACGCGCAAGAGCAGGUGGACGCCGCGGAGCGGCUCCUGACGGAGAAGAAGGCGCACGCGCGGGAGUUUUCUGAGAGCGCCGCGGAGAUCUCGAAGAAGCGAAAAGUCGUCGAGGACGCGCUUCGCGUGUACGACGAAGAAAAGGCGGCGAAGGUGGAGCGCGGCGAGUUGACGUUCCACGCGGCGGAGACGUACGAGAUCGCCGCGGCGACGUUCCGCGCCGCGAUCCAGAAGCACCUCAAGCGCGAGUUCGUGUACGAAACCAUCGCGCUGGACGUGUUGAAGGGUUGCGCGGACGCGAAUGUCGUCGCCGGACGCGUCGCGUGGAACGCGCGACGCGCGGCGGCGACGCACGCGCGACUGUUCGGGAUGCUGCACCACGGCGACCUCCUCCCGGACCAGUCGCUGGACGCGCUCGAGAAGGAGAAGCGCGUCAAGGAGCAGGAGGAGAAGCGCGCGAGGGCGAUGCAGCGCGCGCUCGCGGAGCGCGCGCGCGCGAAACGCGCGGAGCACGCCGCCGCGCUCGCGGGCGAGAGCGCGCCCGGCGUCGACGGCACGUUCGGGUUCCACCGCUGGCGCGCCGCGCUCGACGACCCGUCGAUGUUCGACGACUGCCUCGCGCCGCUGCCGGCGUGGACGCCGAACACGCCGGAGGUGAAGCCGGACCUGCUGAGGACGUCGCCGGCGCCGUGGACGGUCAUCGUCCGCGGGCCCGUCGAGAGUUUGCGCCGGAUUUGCGAGACCAAGCCGGACAACGCGCCGGUGAAAUUUCUGGAAAAAAUGGCCGCCGCCGCGUGCGCGCGGAUCGGCCUCUGCGUGGAGCAGAAAGCCGGCUGCGCGCGCGUGCUGUUCCACGACCCGGGCACCCCCGGCGAGCCGCUCUCGUUCUGGUUCCCGUUGGAGGCGAUCGGGACGCUUCCGUCGCAGACGAGCCACCGCGUCCGCGUGUUGGACGACGCCGCGAUCGUCCGACGGCUGUGCGACACGAAGCCGUCCAGGAACCACGCGGUCAAGUGGGUCAACGGCAUGAAACACGUGCUCGGAUGCGUUGGGACGCUGUUGGAGAGCCGCGGUGAUAUUCUGAAGUGCACGUUCGAGAUAGAGAAGCUCGUGGCGAACGGGCAGCACGACGGAUCUCAUUUCGUAUCCGGGAAAGAGACGCGGACGCUGUGGCUGCCGAAGGAGGCGCUCGCGGUGGCGACGCCGUGGCCGGUGGAAUUGCGGACGCCGAGGAACGAGGAGUUCGGGGACGACGCCGCGGAGGAUCAGGAUCAAGUGGUGCCGAGCGGCGCGCAGCGCGGGACGGCGACCGCCGCCGGGGAGGACGACGGAAAAUGAUGAGUUGAUGUUUUAGCGAGUUCACGAAUUUUAUCAAGUGACAGGAAGAAGUAUGAACG